AUUACCAACUUUCAAAACUCUAAAUCAAGACUUAAUUUUUUUUCUUUCUUUAUAGUUUUGUUAGGUAUAAUUCUUAAUUUUUCUUUCUUGUAUAAUGAAUCUUUAGCAUAAUCUAAAAACCCUAGCUAGUUUAGACAUGCAGGAUGGCCUUGAUUUGGAGCUCCCCAUCUCAUCUUCUCCUUCUAGGCCUCCUGUCCCUCCUCCAACUCCACCACCCUUUCACCACCACCGCCAUCCGCCUUGGCACGGUCAUCCGUAAACCCCUACCAGAACUUCCCAUUUUCCGGGAAGCACCCUCUUUUCGCAAUGGAGAAGGAUGUGGCUCUCUCGAGACUGACGUUAUCCAUAUAUCUAUGACACUUGAUGUAAAUUAUCUUCGCGGUACAAUGGCAGCUGUACUUUCAAUGCUGCAACAUACAACUUGCCCGGAAAAUUUAUCAUUUCAUUUUCUUUCUGUUCAUUAUGAACCGGAGCUUUAUUCUAGCAUAAACGCUACUUUCCCUUUCUUGAACUUCAAGAUAUAUCGCUUUGACUCGAACCGGGUUCGAGGCAAGAUUUCUAGAUCAAUACGACAAGCUCUUGAUCAGCCUUUAAACUAUGCAAGAAUCUAUCUUGCUGAUAUCAUACCUACUGAUGUCGGACGAGUUAUAUAUUUGGAUUCCGAUAUAAUCAUUGUUGAUGAUGUGGCAAAGCUAUGGAGAGUGAAUAUGGAAGAGAAAGUGGUGGCUGCACCUGAAUAUUGCCAUGCAAAUUUUACAGCGUAUUUUACGGAAUCAUUUUGGUCGGAUAAAGAAAUGGUGAAAACAUUUCAAGGAAGGGUUCCUUGUUAUUUUAACACAGGAGUGAUGGUGGUUGAUGUAGAAAAAUGGAGAAAAGGAAAGUAUACAAAAAGAGUAGAGGACUGGAUGGUGGUGCAGAAGCAGAAGAGGAUAUAUCAGUUAGGAUCAUUGCCCCCGUUUUUGCUUGUUUUGGCCGGAAAUAUAAAGGCGGUGAAUCAUCGGUGGAAUCAACAUGGAUUAGGAGGUGAUAACUAUGAAGGGAAAUGUCGAAGAUUGCACCCUGGUCCAAUUAGUUUGCUUCACUGGAGUGGGAAAGGAAAACCAUGGUUGAGGUUAGAUUCUAGGAAGCCAUGUAUUGUUGAUCAUUUAUGGGCUCCUUAUGAUCUCUACCGUUCAUCAAGACACUCAAUAGAAGAAUAAUUAAUAUCAAACAAGAGCUUUAAAUCGGAAAUGAAAUUUCACGAAAAGAUUCAGAUGUGCUUAUAAAGGAAAGGCAAAACUGCAGACACCAAAACGUACGAGAAAUUCUUAGGUGAAGUUUGUUUGUUACGUAUUAUGCUAAAAAAAUUACAUAUGCAUUGAUAUAAUAUUCACGAAGAGGGUUUUUGUUCGAAACAAGGGGAUAAAAUGUCUAGAGGGGCUUGAUCUUCCGUUAUGCCGGCGGUAUCUUUCGGUCAGCAAAGUUUACAGGCACGGUGGAACCACCAGCUGAUUAAUUUAUUGAUUUUUUGGGUUCUCUAAUUAAACCAUUUUGUUUGUUUACAUAUUAGAUGAUGAAAAUGAAGAAGAAAAGAUGGCAAUCUUAUAAUUAUUAGCUCUCAGUUAGGCAUAAUUGGAAGGGCUCUUCAAGCAAUUGGAAAUAAAUUCCACAAGAUUUUUGUUGACAGUUACUGAUAUUGUAAAAUCUUUCAACAUGUAUUAUAUAUGUAUGUGUAUAUGAAACUUUCUUCUUGGAACAGCACUACAUUUCUUAAAAACAUAUUUCAAGAUAA